GAGAUUCAUUGGCUUGGAUGGAUGUUUUCUAAAAACCGUAUGCAAGGGAGAAUUAUUAAGUGCGAUAAGGAAAGAUGGUAACAACCAAAUAUAUCCUCUUGCAUGGGCAGUGGUGGAGGUUGAAAAUAAAGAUAGUUGGAAGUAGUUUUUAAAUUUUCUAAUGGAGGACAUUGGAUUGACCGAUGGGUUAGGGGUAACAUUGAUGUCAGAUCAACAUAAGGGACUUGUUGAAGCUGUUAAAGAGGUAUUCCCACUUGCUGAGCAUCGUCAAUGUGCUAGACACAUAUACGCCAAUUUCAGAAAGAAGUACACCGGUAUCCAUUUCAGAUCUUUGUUUUGGGAUGCAUCCAAGUCAAGGACACCACAAGAAUUUGAAGGAAUUAUGCAAGAAAUUAUAAGUUUGUCUCUCCAUGCUUAUGAACAUUUGAUGGAAAGACAACCGUCAACAUGGUCAAGGGCUUUCUUCAAGAUCGACACAUCAUGUGAUGCUGUAGAAAACGGAGCAAGUGAGUGUUUUAACUCUUUGAUUGUCUCAUCUAGGAGAAAACCUAUAAUAACAAUGCUCGAAGAGAUUAGAACUCUUGUGAUGGAAAGAAUGGUUAGGAUGAACAACAAAGCAUGCAACUGGGAUGAUGAAAUCUGUCCUAAUAUAUGAUAGAAAGUUGAGCAAAAUAAGGAGUUAAUGGGAUUUUGACGUGUUGCUCCCAAUGAAGGGAAUCUUUUUGAAGUAAGACAAGGACUAGAGGGUUUCGUUGUCAACACUCAAUGUAGAACAUGCACUUGCAGAAGUUGGCAAGUUUCUAGAAUUCCUUGUCCGCAUGCUAUUGCAGCGAUAUACUUCAUUCACCAAGAUCCAACUAAGUUGUGUCUCCUAUGUUCUCAAAAAUAAAGUUCAGUGAUACAUAUAAUCAUAGAAUCAACCCUUUGAAUGGGAUCAAACUUUAGCCAAGGACAGAUUUUGCCAAACUUUUUCCCCCAAAGUCUAGACGCAUGCCUGGCAGGCCCACAAUAGCCAGAAGGAAAGAUGCAAGUGAAGGAAGUAGCCACACUAGAAGAAAUGCAUAUGGCCAUGAAGUUGUAGCCAAAUCGGGGAGAAAGAUGACUUGCAGAAAUUGUUUGGAGAUAGAACAUAAUUCUAGGAGUUGUAAAAUAAAAAGAAAGAUGCACCAAUUCGGCCAAAAAAUCCAGUUGGUAGACCGAGAGAAAACAAUAUAGAAGAGGAGGAUUUAGUUAUUGGAAGCAAUAUAAGAGGAAGGGGUUUAAGAGGAAGGAAUUCAAGAAGUACGAGUUCACGGGAUACGAUUAUAGGAGUAAGUAUAAUAAUUGUGAUUCACAUUGUGUUUCAAUGAAUCAAAUAUUGUAGCUAAAAAGUACGUUUAUUUUGUAGAUUUCACAAUUUAGU